GUCCUUCGUCUCUGCUUUCCUCUUCUCCAUUGAGGUCCAGGUCACCAUUGGUUUCGGGGGAAGGAUGAUGACCGAGGAAUGUCCCAUAGCCAUCAGUGUUCUGAUCCUCCAAAACAUUGUGGGCUUGAUCAUCAAUGCGGUCAUGUUGGGUUGUAUCUUUAUGAAAACCGCCCAGGCCCACCGGAGAGCAGAAACGUUAAUCUUCAGCCGGAACGCGGUCAUCGCUGUCCGUAAUGGCCACCUGUGUUUCAUGUUCCGCGUAGGGGACCUGAGGAAAAGCAUGAUCAUUAGUGCCUCGGUACGAAUCCAGGUUGUCAGGAAGACCACCACUCCAGAAGGAGAAGUCAUUCCAAUCCACCAGCUCGACGUUCCAGUAGACAAUCCUCUUGAAAACAACAAUAUUUUCUUGGUGGCUCCGUUGAUCAUUUGUCAUGUCAUUGAUAAGCGGAGUCCUCUGUAUGACAUCUCCGCCAACGACCUGGCCAACAAAGACCUAGAAAUCAUUGUCAUACUUGAAGGUGUGGUGGAAACCACUGGAAUCACCACCCAAGCCAGAACGUCCUACAUAUCAGAAGAGAUCCUCUGGGGACAUCGCUUUGUGCCCAUCGUCACGGAAGAAGAAGGGACGUAUGCGGUGGACUACUCCAAAUUUGGCAACACCAGCAAAGUCGCGGCGCCCCGCUGCAGUGCCAAGGAACUGGAUGAGAAGCCCUCCAUUCUCAUCCAGACCCUCCAGAAAAGUGAGCUGUUCCAUCAAAACUCUUUGAGGAAACGUAACUCCAUGCGAAGGAAUAACUCCAUGCGGAGGAAUAAUUCAAUCCGGAGGAAUAACUCUUCCUUCAUUGUGCCUAAAGUCCAGUUCAUCACGCCGGAAGGCAACCAGAACCCCAUGGAAACAUGACAGACCCAAGCAGUCAUAUUCAGUGGGCCUGCAAAAACCGGGCUUUAUCUUUG